AUGGACGACGCACAGGAUACACCGAGAAAUGUAGCGACGACGGCGACGACGACGACAACGACGAGCAGCGACUCGGCCGACGCUGCCUUUUCCAGGGCCAAUUCUGUCGACCCUCACGAUGAGUCCUCUUCGCCCGGAAAAACGAGGAAGACGCAGCAGCCAAAGAGAACCGUGUGCGAUCACUGCCGCCGGAGAC